AUGCUACUGUUUCUUUAUCCAUUGAUAAUAGGGCUCGUCAUCCAGAUUGCUUUUGUUACCGCAGAUAUAACAUAUAAUGUUAUUCUUAAUUCUCCAUCAACAGAUGCAGGUGUUAUAGUUAAUAAUGUUGUUUAUGCCUUAAAACCGUCUCCUCUGAGUAGUAUCCUUUUCCAAGGUGAAGCUCCUUCCAAUGCCACUUAUGCUUAUGCUAUACUUAAAAAGGGGACUCUCGAUGUUAUUGAACGUGAAAAGUUUACUCGGUCGGGUAGAUCUAAAGACACUCUGAAUGAGUUCUAUAAUCGAGAUUGGAAUACAAAGAAAUUGAUAAGUUAUGACAAAAUUAAAACGAUUACUAAAAACUUUAAUCGUCGGUCCGAUAAUGAAUUACAUCCUAUUGGGGAAAUUCCAACUAUACAUGUUACAGCGAAGCAAUCUGACCUUGAUAAUAUUCAUAUCCAUUAUUUGCAGGACAUUAAUAUUUCGGCAAAUAUUACAUACAUUAGUACAACUUUUGUUAAAUCAUUUACAGAUGCAAAAUUUGAAAUUGGCGGUAGAUCUUCAAGACAAUUUACUAAAUUUGCUUACAAUAUCAAACUCAAGAAGAAAUCUAAUGAUAAUCUUAGUGGUUUCAAGAAGUUAAAAUUACGUACUACUGUUAGUGAUCCUAGCUAUAUUCGUGAAUACUUGGCAUCUGAAAUGUACUAUGCUGCAAACCAACCUGCUACAAGAGGCUCUUAUGUCAGAGUAUUUUUAAAUGAUCGAGCUGUCGGUUUAUUCACUCUUUUUGAAAAAUAUGAUGAUGUUUGGCUCGCAAAUGAAUUUGGUGCGGGAUCUAAAGAUUAUAAGGAUGGAGCUCUUUAUGAAGGAGAAGGUGGUACACGCAGUCGUCGUGCUGAUUUAUCUUAUAAGGGGGAUGAUCUCGCCUCUUACGAAAAAUCUGCAUACUCUAUUGCUGAGACGGCAAAAGACUUGAGCGAACUCAUUAGUUUUAAUAAGUUUAUUAAUGACCAAUUGGAAUUCCAAAAGACAGCAAAUAAUGCAUCAAUAUCAGCAACUACUCUAGAAUGGGAAAAGCAAAUUGACGUAGAAGGCUUUUUAGUGUGUAUGGCAUUUGAAUUUCUGCAUGGUUUUUGGGAUGGCUAUCUUCAUAACACGAAUAAUUACUUCCUUUAUAAAUCACCAGAACAGAAUCGUUUUAUUUGGAUUCCCUGGGACUUUGACUAUUAUAUGGGAAGUGGACCGGUCUCUAUGAAGAAAAUCUCAGUAGGAGAUUAUAAUAAUUAUGACGGUAUUCAGUCAAGACCUUUAAUUAAAGCCCUUUUAAAAGUACCUGAAUAUAGAGCUCUCUUUGAAGAUCAUCUCCAAACAUUGAUUGAUAAACUAUAUAAUCCAACUUAUUCAAAUCCUGUUAUAGACUCUAUUGUCAACUUCAUUCAAGAUGAUGUCGCAUGGGAUAAAUCUUUACGACAUAUCAGGUCUGGACGCGAAUUCUUGCCCAACUUUAUAGAAAAUAUCAUCAACCAUAAUUUUAAUAAUCAAACAAAUCAAAAUCAAGGUACGCCUUCCAGUUUGAGUUUAACAACUGCUGCUGAAUUCUUGAUCAGAUUAAAUUCAAAGAUCUCCCACAGUAAGGCUAUUAAUGGCAAAACAAGACAUAAAUCUCUCUAUGCUGUCAAAGAGUGGAUUCGUGUCAAACUUGCCAAUAUUUCAAAGAGAACUGUUUAUCAUCCAUUAUUACCCAUUCCAUUAAAAUAA